AUGAGGAUUGUCGCAGCCUCUAGACUCCUCUUCCUACCCAAAAUACGGCAAUUGUCAAUUCAUCACAAUAUUUCUUCUUCUCUGAAAAAAGAAGUCUCUGAUUUACACUCUUGCACUCCAUCUGACAAGGAAGAUGCCAAAACAUACCCGCCCCACAUCUCAAGAUUAGCGGAUAGCAUAUGCGAUCUUAGCCUCCUAGAAACCACAGACCUAGUAGAGUUACUUCGCAAACGUUUAAAUAUGCAGAACCCUUUCACCAUGAUGCAACCACAGCCUAUAUCCCCCCCAAGUUCCGAUCUGCCUGGAAUAUUGGACCCCGAAGACGAGCCUCCCGCCACAAAGACAAGCUUCAGUGUUAAGCUUAUAAAAUUUGAUCCUUCCAAGAAGAUUCAAGUUAUAAAGGAAGUCAAGAAUAUAAAUCCCGACCUUAACUUGGUGCAGGCAAAGAAAUUUGUCGAAUCUCUCCCUGAUUUCUUAAUGAAGGAUAUAAGUGAAGAACAGGCCCAGCAAACGAAGACUGCCCUGGAGGCGGCCGGGGCUACAGUCGAGAUCGAAUAA